GCAAUGCAAACACACACACACACAUAGUCCUGGCAUUCCUUUUAUCAGAAACACACCUACAUCCCUCCCUCUCUCUCUCUCUUUCUCUCUCUCUCUCCGUCUGCCGCCUCCCUCGUCUCCCGCGAGCGCCACACGGGCUCACAAGUGGAUCUCCCCCUCGAGCAAACUGCAGCACGGACUCAUUUCUCCAUGCACCAGCUCUGAGUGGAUGCUCACUCAGCAGGGGUGUUUUGAGAUAUUAGCGCGCUGUGUGUGGAGGUGAGAGUGGGUGUGGUGGUGGGGGGGAGGGAAGCGACUCACCCACAUCCACCAUCCCCGUUCAAAGAGGCUACAGUCAGGAGAAUGGGCAAAUCGGAAAGCCAAAUGGAUAUCAUGGAGAAAUCGGGUAAACCUGGCAAACGUGGAUGGACGGUAGCAGAAAUCGGUCUGUCUGUGCUCCUGCUGCUAGUCAGCUGCGCCUUGGCCGGCCUGGUGGUCCUCUACACAUCGGUGCUCAAAGAACAAUCUCAGCGUUCGAGUGGGUCGCGCAGCUCAGCAGACAUGGGAGGUCAGCUGUUGCACUCCAACCUCGACAGUGUGUGCACAACUGCAGAUUGCGUAACCGCAGCGUCACGGCUCCUGCAGAACAUGGAUGCGUCGGUGAAGCCCUGCGAUAACUUCUACCAGUACGCCUGCGGGGGCUGGCUGGAGCGCCAUGUCAUCCCCGAGACCAGCUCGCGUCACAGCGUCUUUGACAUUCUCAGGGACAAGCUGGAGAUUGUUCUCAAAGGUGCUUUGGAGACGGAAAGCAAAGAAGACAGAGAUGCCAUCAAGAAAGCCAAAAUACUUUACAGCUCCUGCUUGAAUGAAAGCCUCAUUGAGCAGCGCGACUCUCAGCCACUCCUGAUGCUCAUCGACAUUAUUGGCGACUGGCCUGUGGCUUCUGAUGACUGGAACGCCACCUCUGAGGAAGAAUGGAACGUCGAGGACACGCUGGCCACAAUGACCGCUCGCUUUCAUAAGAAGGCUCUCCUGGACAUGUCCGUGUGGACCGACGACCGAGAUUCUCGGCGCCAUAUCGUUCAUAUUGACCAGCCGGGACUUGGGAUGCCUUCGAGAGAUUAUUAUUUUAACGAUGGAAACUACAAAAGGGUUCGCGAGGCCUACCUCCACUUCAUGGUCACCAUCGCCAAGAUGACCCGUGAGGACAGGAACCUGACGCAGGACGAUGAACGCGUGUGGGAGGAAAUGAUGCAAGUCUUGGACCUGGAGACGGACAUUGCCAACGCCACAUUGCCGGCUGAGGAGCGUCAGGAUGUCACCGUUCUUUACAACAAGAUGACGGUGAACGAGCUGCAGAGUACUUUUGGCUUUAACGGUUUUAACUGGACACGGUUUAUUCGAGGCGUGCUAUCCAGCGUGUCACUCAGUGUGGAGCUGGAAGAGGAAGUGGUGGUGUACAGCUCACCUUACCUGGACAAGAUGAAUGAAGUCCUCUCUAGACACAGUGUUCGAACUAUGCAGAACUAUCUUACCUGGCAGCUGGUCAUUGACAGAGUUAACAGCUUAAGUCGGCGUUUCAAAGACGCCAGGGCCCGUUACAGGAAGACUCUGUAUGGGACCACGGUGGAGGAUGCCUGGUGGCGAGAAUGUGUCCGAUACGUCCAGAGCAGCAUGGAGAAUGCCGUCGGAGCGCUGUACGUACGAGAGACUUUUGCCGGGGAAAGCAAACGAAUGGUCAGUGACCUCAUCGGAAAAAUCCAAACAGCGUAUGUGGAAACACUUGAGGAGCUAGGCUGGAUGGAUGCAACCUCCAAGGAGAAGGCCAGAGAGAAGGCCAUGGCCAUCAAAGAGCAUAUUGGCUAUCCAGAUCACAUUCUGCAAGAAGAUAACCAGAAACUGGACCAAGAGUAUGCUCACUUGAAUUUUAGCGAGGAACAAUACUUUGAGAACAUUCUGGAGAAUCUCAAGUCUGCGGCCCACAAGAGUUUGAAGAAGCUCAGAGAGCCGGUGGAUCCUAACUUGUGGAUCAUCGGUGCUGCAGUGGUGAAUGCUUUUUACUCUCCCAACAGAAACCAGAUCGUGUUUCCCGCGGGCAUCCUGCAGCCACCUUUCUUCAGUAAACAUCAACAGCAGGCUUUGAACUUUGGUGGAAUCGGAAUGGUCAUCGGUCAUGAGAUCACGCAUGGAUUUGAUGAUAAUGGGCGUAAUUUCGACAAGGACGGCAACAUGCUCAACUGGUGGAGUAAUUACUCGGCAGAACAUUUCAAGGAGCAGUCACAGUGCAUGGUGCAGCAGUACGGGAAGUUCAACUGGAAACUUGCUGGCGGACAAAACGUGAGCGGAAUCAGCACUUUAGGGGAGAACAUAGCUGAUAACGGAGGGGUUCGGCAAGCCUAUAAGGCUUACCUUAAGUGGGUGGAGACAGAAGGAGAAGAGCCUCGUCUGCCUGGUCUAGACAUGGAUCACAAGCAGUUGUUCUUUCUUAACUUUGCCCAAGUUUGGUGCGGGGCGUAUCGACCCGAAUAUGCCAGCCAAUCCAUUAAGACAGACUCUCACAGCCCUUUAGAAUACAGGGUUCUCGGUUCACUCCAGAAUUUUGAAGCCUUCUCAGAGGCGUUCCAGUGCCAGAAAGGGAGCCCGAUGAACCCAGAGCAAAAAUGUCGCGUCUGGUAGUAGAUUUUUGCUGUGACAACUAACUGAAAGGAGACACUGUCUUCAUGCUGACAACUGCAACGGGCUCAUUUAUUUGGGGUGACGCCGAGUAUU